AUGGAGGCGAAGAGCAAGGACAGGAAGCUCUCUCCACUCGCGGUGGCUGCAUCCGCAGCCUUGAUUGGCGUGGUGCUCGGCAACGACGACAUUCUCCGUGAGAUCCUGUUCCGCCUCGGCUUCACCAGCUGCCUCGUCCGCGCCGCCGCCGUCUGCAAGCGAUGGUACCGGAUCGCCUCCGAUCCGGACUUCCUCCGCAGGUUCGGUGCCCUCCACCCGCCUCUCGUGCACUUCGGUGACCUUGACGCGCAGUGUUAG